GCAUCCGGGCUCCCAACAGUAUGGUGUCUUUGACGUUUGACAGAAGAGUGAACAUAUUAGGCCUAUCUACAAGUGGACAGUGCAUAUAGUUGAAGAAUUAAUUGUAAUUUUAUUUAUCGGAGUGAAAGGAAGUUCUAGAUCGAUGGAUGAACCAGAACAGGGGACGUAGUUGUUGCUCAUUGAAAGCCCUAAUGUACCUGUUUUGUUUGAAUAUGGGUAAUUCCAAAUCAACAAAAUGUGACACUGUAUCUCUUGGAAUGCCACAACGGGAGCGGGAGCUCCACCUGGCGGUGAUGGCCAAUGAUCGGGAGGGCGUGAAGCAGUUGAUAUCACAAGGAGCCGAUAUUAACUACCCUUGGAGCAACCCAACAGUUCCCAGUGUUAAAGACAGCACAACCCCUCUACUGGCUGCGGUCUCGCUCAACCAUGUGGAAGUUACUCAGAUUUUGCUUAAAGCUGGUGCUGAUAUCAACAUGACCGACAGGAACGGUUGUACUCCGUUAUACAAAGCGGCCUUCCAUGGACGACCUGUCCUUAUAGACAUGCUUCUGGAGGCAGGAGCCGAUAUAAACAAAGCUGAUAAAGAAGGCCAGUCACCCCUGUAUAUCUGUGUACAGAACGCCAUUGUUCAUUCAAGUUAUGCUGCAGUGAAAAGACUACUAAAGGCUGGGGCUGCCAUUCACUUGUGUGACAACUUAGGGAAAACACCAAUCCAUGUUGCUGCUCAUUGGAAAUUGAAAGACAUGAGUCGAAUGCUACUGAACGAGAACGCUGAUGUGAACAAGCUAGACUACAUGGGGAGAACUCCAUUGUAUGUAUGUGUGAGUUCCCUAAGUACUGGACUAUAUAAAGAAGAUCUUAAGUAUCAGGUGCCCUGCAUCAAGGUCCUGUUUGCAGCUGACUGUGAUAUGCUAAACUUAGUCGACUGGCUGAAGUGGAAGGGGCCUGGCAUUCCAGACGAACUUUUAGCAGACGAUGAACCGUUUUUCUUGUGGCAUAAAAACAACAUGAAUUCUCCACAUUCUCUUUCUAUGAACUUAUGCCGUAAGAUGAUACAGCAGCGUUUGAAAGAGCGUGGAAAUCUGUUGGAAAUGAUCUGGCGUUUGCCUGUACCAGCUACACUUAAAAACUACUUAUCUCGUACCAUGUUCCCACUUACCACAGCCGAAGACACAACAGGAAUGAUGAGUUAGGUUUAUUGUGGCCUGUGAUGAUGUGUUUCAACAAUGGUUGUGUGGUGAAUGGUCAAACUGUCAUGUGCUGAUUUGCAUGAUGUAUACAAUCCCAGAGAUUUGUAAAUCAUGGUUUUAAUCCCGAAUCUCA